AUGAGGGCUUGCGACUGUAUCACAGAACCUCCCCUAUUUGAUCUACCUCCACCGCCGGAUCCUUCACUGAUUUGGCAUCUGAUAUCAGAUGAGAAGUUCGAGCCGGCGGAACAAUGCUCCUCAAAUCAAUUCGUCAGCAUUUCGGAUAUCGGGACCAUUUAUGAUUCAGAAGACACUCAUCAGCUUGCCGCCAAUGUUUUGAUUUCAAUUGCUGCUCUUUCAGUUCUUCUAUUAUUUGUCGUUUGCAUUGCAGUAAUUGGUCGCAUCCGGAGAAGGCGUCGACAGAAUUCAGAUGCAUCAAAGAAGAUGUCAAGUGAUUCGAUUCUGGCGGCUGGGGAACAUUUGUGGACCUACAACUCCAUGAAGCAACCUGUCAGCGGGGGACCACCAGCUGUUUUGAUGUAUUCGAAUCAAUCGAAUGCUGGAAGUCGACUAUUCCAUCACACACCGACUACAAUGAGAUCAUAUGUUGUUGGAAGUGGAACUCCGAUUAUGGGAUCACAACAUAUUCCAAUUCGACAUUCGGAGUCAACGACGUUGCGAUUGAAUCCAGGAGAUGGAUGUUCUGCAUAUCAUACCGUCUCUGUUAGCAGGCAGAAUGGAUGCCCACCGUCAGAAGUCUACGAGGAGAUUGCUCCCAUUGGCACGUUGGGACACGUUGGAUACAUGACAACUCGACCAAAUAUGGGCAAUAUGACUCCAAUGAACAACAUGAAUAAUCGGAUGUCACUUCGGAAACCGCCACCGACAUGCCGUCCACCUCAACCACCUCAAAGUCCAGUUCCAAGUGAUGGAAGCUAUGAAAUCACUCGAAUAACUGGAACGUCUUCUGAUUCUCCACGAGAACGUCAAUGGACUGAAGAUGGAAGGGAGAGCGGAUACGGUACUGCUCCAAGCUUACAAUGGAAAAGUCCUUCUGGAAGUGGUCGACUGGAAGCGGAAGCUGCCGCUCGGGCAAUGACUUAUGUGUAG